AUGGAUGAAUAUACUCGUGAACCGUGUCCGUGGCGAAUUCUUGAUGACUCCGGUGGUGCGUUCAUCAUGGGAGCCAUUGGUGGUGGCAUAUUUCAUUCAAUUAAAGGGUUCAGGAAUGCGCCAGUGGGUUUUAGUCGAAAAAUGCUUGGAAGUUUAGCAGCGAUGAAAGAGCGUUCACCUAUUGUUGGAGGGAACUUUGCAGUAUGGGGUGGGAUGUUCUCCACUAUUGAUUGCUCACUUGUAUACAUGCGACAAAAAGAAGACCCAUGGAACUCCAUAAUGAGUGGUGCACUGACUGGUGGAAUUUUAGCAGCUAGAAAUGGUGUCCCAGCAAUGGCGGGUAGUGCUCUUGUAGGGGGAAUCCUACUAGCACUAAUUGAAGGCAUAGGAAUAAUGUUCUCUAGGAUAACAGCUGAGCAAUUCAAACCUCAGCAACCAAUAUUUGAAGAUCCGUCAGUAUUAGGCACCCAAGCACAGCCACAGAGUCAAACGUUCCAAUAA